CAUCACCAUCACCAGUAAUCAGUAAUCAGUAAUCACCUCACCCUCAAUCCAUUGCCACAUCUCCAUGCUCCCCAACCAACCCUUCAUCAUGAUAAUAUCCAACCACACCAGAAUCCUCAACAGACAUAAACUAACAUUAUCAGCCCACUAAAAUCUAACAAAGUACCUCUAAUGCCCUUCCAUUUGGCUCACACAGUUGUUUAUCCCCAUUUCUAAGUAAGUUGGUGCGUUUCUCUAGUUCAGUUCCCACAAGAAAAAGGGAAAAAGAGAGUGAUAUAUCCCUCCAUGCUGUUCUUGUGGUAGAUUUCUAAACCUGAGAAAGCAAAGCAAAGCAAAGCAAAGGGAGAUGAAAGAGAAAGAAGAAGAAGAAGAAGAGAAGUUUCAGAAAUCAUACUUGACAGGGGAUGAGGAUCUCCGGCGGGCUUCACAGCUGGUGGAUUCCUUGAUCUCAUCCUCCUACUCCGUCAGAACGCUUCCUGUGAAAUGGCGAGUGAUACGAGAGAAACUGGAGCAGCUCCACUCCGGCCUCACUGUUGCAGCUGGUGGCAAUCAAGAAGGAAGCUACAACAGCUCAGCGCUGGCUGAGCUCUUGCGAGAUAUAGUGUCUAUGGCGGGUGAAACACAAGCACUGGCUCAUAGAUGCAGCGAGGAGUGCUACAGUGGUGGCAAACUACAGAUGAGGAGUGAUCUUGAUGUGAUUGCUUCCAAGAUUGAUCUCCAAAUCAAGCGUUUGGGGGAGGUGUACGCUUCUGGAAUCUUGACAGACGCGCAGGCCAUCAUCGUCUCGAGGCCCAGCGCCGGAGCGAGCCGCGAGGACAUGAGAUUCUAUGUCAAGGACCUCUUCUCAAGGCUAAGGAUUGGGGAUUCGGAGAUGAGAGGCAGAGCAAUUGCAGCGCUGGCUGAGGCUCUCCACGAGGACGACAAGUAUGCAAGGAUCGCGGUGCUCGAGACCGAUGACGGUGUUGGUUUGCUGGUGAGGCUUCUAGAUUCUAGAGUUGCAGGGUUUCAAGAGGAAGCGGCGGAGGUCGUGUCAGUGAUCGCCGGGUUUGAUUCCUACAAAGGGGCUCUUAUCACGGCCGGGGUGAUCGCCUCAUUGAUCAGGGUGCUGGAGACGGGGACCGAGGUGGGGAGAUCGCGGGCAGCGCGGGCUCUGAGGAAACUCACCGAGAAUUCUGACAAUGCCUGGUCGGUCUCCGCUCACGGCGGCGUCACAGCGCUUCUCAGCAUCUGCCGUGAUGCCGGCAGUGGCGAGGAGCUGAUCACCUCGGCAUCCCGAGUUCUCAGGAAUCUCAGCAGCGUCAGCGAGAUCAGGAGGUUCAUGGUGGAACAAGGGGCAGUCUCCAUCUUCCUAAACAUCCUACGAUCAAGAAACAAAGAACCAUUCCAGAUCCAAGCCAUUGAAUUCCUUCACACUCUGGCUUCUGAUGACGAAGCCAUCAAAGAGAAAGUAAUCAGCCAGGGGACUAUAGAAUCACUCCUCAGUGUUCUAGACACUGGCUCUUCUAAAGCCAAAGAGAUCACUCUCCAGGCCAUUGACACAUUGUGCUUCUCGUCCGCAAGCGCCAUGAGCUCACUGACAGCACAUGGGUUUCUUGAUCGAAUUCUCUUCUAUGUGAAGAGUGGCGAGCCUUCGACCCAGGAGCUGGCACUGAAGGCUGCAUUACGUCUCGGCACAAGCACUGAUGAGACUAAGAAGACAAUGGGCGACAUGGGGUUCAUCCCAGCACUGAUCGCCUUGUUGGAAACUAAGUCAUUCGAUGUCCGAGAGAUGGCUGCAGAGCUUCUUUGCGGCUUAGUCUCCGUGCAACGUAACCGGAGAAGGUUCAUUCAGGAAGACUAUAACAUCAAUAGAGUCCUCCAGCUACUCACACCAGAUGAUGAGAAAUCAGUGUCUAAGAAAUUUCUGUUAUCAAUUCUCAUUUCACUAACUGAGAAUCACAGUGGGAGAAGAAAAAUUGCUGCUUCCGGAUACAUGAAGAAUCUGGAGAAGUUGGCAGAGACUGAUGUAGUUGAUGCCAAGAAGAUUGUCAAGAAGCUCUCUGGUAACAAACUUCGGAACAUUUUCAGUGGACUCUGGGGUUCUUAAUUUCUUCAUCAGUGAUGAUACAAAAUAGAGUAUUUUCGCAGUUUGUAUAUUUUUUUUGUGCUUGAUUGGUUGGUUGGUUGGUUGGUUUCUCUUUUCCAUUACAUGCAGAGCAGCUUUUCUGCUGAGAGUUGUACUAAUGAAUCAAAUGUUUCCGACAUUGUCCUUGUAAAUUCCUCUCAUAAUCUGUAAUAAAUCGAAAAGGAAUGUGGAAGAAACUGUCUGCCAUGAUUCAAAUUGGCUUCUUCCAUUUGUUUUGCUCACUUUGAUA